GACUUUUGAGCGACUCAACAAGGCUUUCAUUCAUGUGGAGAGGUUCGACAGUUAGAGAAGACGACGGACUCUGUAAUGGCUUCAUCACAGAAGACAAUCCUUUCCUUGUCUCCUUUCGCGAUCCUCUUCUUAUACAUCUCUCUGCUCGACAAGACCCUAUCCAUCAGAUUAUCCAAUCAGAUCUCAGAUCCCGUCGUUGAUUCUCCCGAUCGUCCCUUGAAAUCGGCUGUCUUCGCUCUCGGAAGCUUCUGGCGAUCGGAGGCGGCGUUCGGAUGUAUCAACGGCGUCGUACGAACGACAGCAGGUUACUCCGGCGGAACGAAGGUGAAUCCGGAGUAUCGAAAGCUGGGUGAUCACGCCGAGUCUGUUCAGGUUGAAUAUGAUCCAAGGGUAGUGGGUUACCGUCAGCUCUUAGAUGUAUUCUGGUCUAGUCAUGAUUCCAGACAAGUGUUUGGACAAGGCCCUGAUGUCGGUAAUCAAUACAGAUCAAUUAUUUUCACUAAUUCUACGGAAGAGUUGAGGUUGGCUACUAUUAGCAAAGAAAGAGAGCAGCUUAAAUCAAGAAGCAGUAUCGUCACUACCCAAAUUCAACAGCUUGGAACGUUUUACCGCGCCGAGCCUGACCAUCAGAAGUUUGAGCUGAAACAGCAUCCAUUCCUUCUUCAGCUGAUUGGAAACAUGGCAGAAGAAGAGCUCGAGAGAUCAGCUCUAGCCACAAAGCUAAACGGUUAUGCAGCAGAGCUCUGCCCACCAAGAGUCCAGAAACAUAUUGACUCUAGAGUAAACGAGAUUAUUAGGAAAGGUUGGCCGGUCUUGAAAGACAUCUAAUAUAUAUGUCACUUGAUUCUCCUCGUCUUGGUUUCGAUUGAUAGUAUCUCGAAUGUAAGUUUUGGUUCAUUCUUUUGCCCAGGAAUAUUGGUUGUAUACUUAACGCAGCAAUGUUUGCAUGUUUUGUCUUACUUAUCACUCGCAUAGAAUAAGCUUCUUUGUUUCCCUGUAAACAGAUUAUUCGGACUUUCUUUUUUGUCAACGAUUAUUUGGACUUUCA